AUGGACGUGAUGGUGUACAAUUUCCCGUCACGCAUCGCCGCACUCCAGUUUGAAUGGUCGUGGCAGUCGCCGCACGUUUCUCGGCACCUGCGCAAUGCCGAGCACGGCGAGCACGCGGCGUACUCUGGCCGCAGCGACGCGCCCCUCUUUCCGCCGGAUCGCAAGUCGACGUACGUCGGUCGCUCGGGGCGGCAGCGCACCAAGGCGCGCGUAAGUGGCGUGCCAGAGCAGCGCAUUCUGGUCAUGCGUGCAUUGCUUGCAUCCGAGCCAUUUUGUUUCUGGAACUUGAAAAUCGCCUUUUUCAACGAGUGGGCCUAUGGCGUGUGGCUGUACCACGAGCGCGACGCCGACCUCUACACGCACGGACGGGUGACGGGGCGGCCGCUGCCAGCCAGCUAUCCUGAAGUGGUCUGCGACUUUAGCGGCGUGCUCGGCGAGACGCAGCCCCUGGCUCAGGGCGCCGACGACUGGCCGCCGCUGCCCGAGAGCGAGACCGAGUCGGCGUGGCAGAAACAGAAACGCACGGCAGUGCGGCCCCGCAAGACCACGCCGCCGCCCGGCGCGUGGCACGAAACGAUGCCGCUCGCACGCGACGCCGCGACGCUCGGCCUGAGCUGGGACAUGCUCAAAGACGCACGCACACUUCCGCCCCGCAAGCGCAAGACACGCUCCCCUUUGCACCACGACGACGAUACCUGCACGGAUACCGAGCGCGCGCUCGUCGAGCGCAUCACUGAUACCCCCUACCCCCACGCUGCGACAAUCCUGCACCAGUCCGACCAUGCGUGCGGGGUGUGUAGCGAACCUGUGCAGAUGCACGAGCCCCACACCUUUUCGCUGUGCCCCUCGGCGCAGGCCGACGGCACGCGCUGCACCAGCGUCUUUCACCUCACAUGCCUCGCCGCGCACUUUCGCGCGUCGACGCCAACGCCCCGCACGUUCUGCCUGCCGGUCGCCGGGUCAUCGUUCGCCGAGUCUUCCGCCGUGCGGAUCUAG